GAAAAAAAAAAAAAAAAGCCUAAAUGGCUACAACAUUCUCUUCUUUACUUUCUGCCUUUUUGCGAACUAAACCUAAACUCAUCCAAACAUCACGAACGUUGCAUCCGCGCAUUCCUUCUCAGUCCACACCGCAAACGACAGCAACCAUCUCUCCUCUCCUCCGUCUUCCUCGCCGUCAGCCCACCUCGCCGCCGCUGUUCUCCUAGCAGAAACAUUUGAAGAAAGAAUGGCAGGCAAGGCUGCCAAAUCUGUGGUGAAGGCCAUCAGCGAGUAUCAGUAUCCAUGGCAGGAGAAGUUGGCGAAAUACAAGAAUGAGUUAUCUAAAGGAGUUUGGGGUUACUGGGAACUAGGGGCAUGGAAGCCACUGGGCAUAAGUGCACGUCACCGUGCCAGACUUCGCAAGGAAGUACUUCUUGCCGGGCAGGAUUGGCCAUAUGAUCCAGAGAGGAAAGAGAUGAGAACCAAGAGGAAAGGGCACAAAUGUGAUCGUAUAGCGGCAGAAAAACGUGAAAACACUGCCAGGUUGAUGGAGAAAAUGCCAGAUAUGUUGCUUGCAUAUAAGAAGCGCCGGUGGGAGAAGAAGAUGAAGGAAGAAGAGAAGAAGAAGCAGCAGGACUGAUAUGGCUUUGUUACUUAGAUCCUGACAAUUAUAUGGUUGGUUUCUUGCUAGUUUCUCAUGCAUGGGGAUAUUGCUUUUGUUAUCAGUAUAUCACUUUGUAGUCUUUAAUAAACUUUGAUUUCAUAUUUUUGGUUAUCCUUCACAUCAUGAAGCAAAUUGAUGUUUGUAUUGAAAUACGAUAACAAAAUGAGGAAGAAUUAGAGCACUCCCGUAGUUUUUUUUUUUACAAAAUACUUUGAAGUGAAUGAACAAGAUAUUGAGGAAU